GGGGGAAGCUAUUUAGUGACGGUCUGAUAUUGGAACUGCGCACCACUCUUACAUUGUAACAAAUGCUAACAACACAUCCGUUUUGAGAAUGACAGAGACUGCGGAAAAUCCGCAAAACUACGAAGAGCUGUUUGGCCACAGGUUUACUUCAGAGGACCAUGAAUACCAGCAGUAUCUGAACCGUCCAGCGGACCCUCCACCCAUCGUGGAGAACUGGAGUGGGCGUGGAGGAGGAAACCAGCGUGGCAGGGACAACCGGUUCCAGGACCGGCGUGGACAUGGCGACCGCGGAUGGGGCGGAGGCAGAGGCUGGCGAGGGGACAAUCGGGGGCAGCAGCACUGGCACGACAGAGACAGAGAUAGAGACCGGCACUGGGGGCAUGGAAGUGGCUAUCAGUCAGGACGUCCGAGCUCCAACCAGGGAUACAACUCCUAUCAGAGACCACAUUAUGACCGCUACUGACCUCCACGAUAAUCACCCGGGUUCUCUACAUUUGUCAGUAUUCUGAUAACUUUCUUUAGACGACACACAUCUACGUACAUGUUUAUGAGAUUGAUAUGUUCAGUCAGUUUUACCACAACUGACACCGCACGGGAGGUAUGAAAUGUAUGUUAAUAAUUCAUUGGAUGUCAUUCCUGUUUAUGUAUUUGGAAGAGCAAGUCUGCAGAUUGUAUUACUGGAGCUGUCGUUUCACAAGGCACUGAAAAUGAUUUAAGUAUUUGAGACGUAUGGACUAUUUUUUUAAAUCUUCAAAUAUAUCGCUUAAGUACUGGAAUAUCACCGCGAUAUUCCAGACUCGUAUGAUCAGAUCAUUUUGUUGCUUUGUGGUUACAUAAGAAUCAACAGUACCACUAUUUUUAACAAGCAGCAAAUCUAAAUGUCUUUUGCAAAUGUAUUUGUAAUGCAACUUAAUUUUUCUGCAUCCAAAACCAAAUGAAUGGAUUUAACAUCUGUCAUUAAAUAUGAAUUUUCCCUAUCCAAGAUCUGUUUUUGUGCAUUCUCAUAUUCUAGUAUUUAAACAUUGUCACUAAAAAACAUACUUUGUUUUUUAAGGGAUGCAUCGAUCUAAAUACUGAGUUAAAAUGUGGACUGUAAGAGAAUUGGUACUUGCCAUAAGGGAUCAAUACACAUUAAAUGCAU